AUCAUUUUUAUUUCAAGUAUUUUAACCGACAGUCUGUGAUGUCAUCAAAAAUUCCUGCGAAACAGAUUUAUAAAUUCAUUGAUAAAUUUGAUACUCAACCAGAAUUUCUCGAAUUCGCUCGAAGUGAACUCGAAAUUAGUAAUCGUGAAAUAAAUGACGUUACCGCAGAUCACUCUAGUAGCAGAGAACAAAAAUAUCAAAUACUAUGUCUAUGGGUUAAAAAAAAUGGCCGUGCAGCGACUCUCGAAAAGUUAGAGCAACGGAAACGUAAUUUUGACACUGGUAAUGAGGAAAAUGAUGAUCAAGCACAACAACAGCCCACUUCGAGUUACUCGGAACCAGGAAGAGCUCGGGUUCCACCACCAGGUGGUGUACAACAACCCAAUAAUACAUCAGUUAAAAGAGUCGCUGUAGAAAGUUCCUCUGAAUCAAAAACAACUGCGCAUGAAGUCCAAAAAGCAUUUAACGAAAAAUACAGUCACGUUGAGCUACAACCAAACUCUCGACGUGAAGAAGUAUCGGUAGGCAGCAUUGCUGAUCAAUCUUGCGAAUUACAAACUGCUAAUGAAUCCCAUCUAUGCGGGGAAGUCGCUUCAAUCAAAGUGCAGAGUUGCUCACAUGAGGAUAUACACUCAAUUAUGAGGCAUGAUAAUAUUUAUCAAAUAUCUCCAAGUCCCAAAGGAUAUAUGCUUAUUAUAAACAAUAAUUUUCGAGAGCAAGAGGGAGAGAGAAUCGGUGCGAAAAAGGAUGUUGAAAACAUGAAUCGUUUAUGGAAUGAUUUGGGUUGUAAAGUUGCUGUAAAAGAGGAUUUAAACGCAGAUGAAAUUCGUGAUACAUUAGAAAAAGUAGCACGAUCUCCAAAUAUAUCAGCAUAUAGCUUUGUUGUUGUCUUUAUCAUGUCUCAUGGCGAAAUACAGAACGGCACUGAGGUUGUGCUUGGCGAAGACAGCUCUCCUGUUACAAUCAAUCAAAUUUUAGCGCCAUUCAGUAAUAACAGAUGUCGAGCAUUAGCAGGAAAACCGAAGUUAUUUUUCUUGCAGUUUUGCAGAGGAUGUAUUAUUGACACUGGAGGAGAAUACCGUUGUCAAGAUGAUAGGAUAGAAGAUUUAUUCAAAUCUUUAAUGAACCAUUUUCCUUCUGAAGGAGUUUGCAUGAGUGAUUUGAGCAGCCAACGAAGUUUACCAGUAAGGUCUGAUAUGCUCAUAUCAUACGCAACACAAUCAGGUUAUAUGGCAUUUCGCAAUGGAAGAGGAAGUUGGUUUAUUAAUGCAAUAGCAAAUAUAUUCAUGAAGUACGCUCAUAUUGAGCAUGUCGCUGAUUUAAUGAUUCGUGUGAGAAGUGCAGUCUGUGCAAAAACUGGGUUAACUCCGUUGAAUGACACUAUAAAUGUACCAUGCAAAGAGAUGAGUGAAAGUAGUGACUUUCUGACUAAAAAACUUUAUCUACUCCCUGGAUAUCCAAGGGAUGAUAUAUUGGAUUAGGAACAGAAAAUAACCAACAAAAUCUGAGUUGACAUGGAUCCUUUAUGGCUUCAUUUCAUUCGCCUAUUACCUCUUUGAAGUCUAAGACCAGUCAUCUAUGAAUACAGAAAUUUCGGUUCUACUAUAGCACGAGUGCUACCGUCGUAAAUGGCCAAUCCAGAUUUGUGGACUAGUUAUGCUCGAGGGCUAUAAUAUGUAUGCUAUAGCACAGGGAUGGGCAUUUACUUUUCUGAGUGGGCCAGUUACACAAAAUAACUUUAUGACUUGGGCGGUGGCUCAAAACUCACUAUGAAUAAAAAACAGGAGACCUCCUGAAGUAUGCGCACCAAGAUGGCGCACAACCUGAACUCAGGUUGUGUAUCAGGUUAAGGUUCAGGUUGUGCGACAUCUUUGUGCGCAUACUUCAGGAGCACCAAAACAGGUUAUUUACAACAGCUAGGCUAACGUCUAUAGCAAAAAGACAUUAUUUUCUUCGAUAUUUUCAACAGAAAUUUACAUCCAUAAAAAUUAUAGUCAUAAUUUCAUCAGACACAAAAGGGCCGGAUGAAAAACUUCGUUGUGCCGUAAUUUGCCCAACCAUACUAUAGCACCAGCUAAAUGUAGAUCUCAUGCUGUAGUAACAUCAAAAUUUUAUAAUUAGCACAUUGUAUAUAUGUGGUAAAAAAAAAACGAUAAUUGUAGAUUUAUUAUUGUUUGAACUAGAACCCAACCCAAAAGUCUGAUUGAAGUCUUUAAUUUUUUGCUUGAUGCGGCUUUCGUCUGAGAUAAAAUCCAGGAUUAUGAUACUAAAUUGCUCACAUAUGUUUAAUUGAAUUUUGAAGAAUGUAAUUUUCUAUGAUACUAAAUUGCUCACUUAUAUUUGAUUUGAUUAGUUUUCAUUUUUUUUGUAAUUUUACAGAUUAAUAUUUUUAGGCAACCACUGAUGUACUAAGAAUUAAGUGUGUAUUUUAUACUAUCUUGUUUUCAACUUUUUAUUGAAUUUGUAUUGCUCUUAUAACUGUCAAUUUACCACUUUUCUAAUUUUGAAACUAUGAAAUGAUUUUUAACUCAUUAAAUAACUAAAUAAUGUUUACCAUUUCUUUUAUACACUUUUAUCUGAAAAGGAAAGAUUUUCAUGAAAUUGCCAACAAAACGAAAUUUUUUUGUUUGUUCAUAUUACUAUUGCGUAGAAAAUUUCAGUGAUGAUUAUGAAUAAUAUUUCAUCUUGUAAAUGAUACGUUUUUCGUCGGCUGGACAACUUUGUAUAAAAAAGAAAAACAAAUACUGUGGAGCCAACUGAUCUGGCUACUUUACUUGAUACAGUAUUCAGUACUCCCAAAGUAUGUGUUGUGCCAUAAUUUCAGGUAUAAAUACUACGAGAGUCAUUGCUAGUCCCCGAACUCAUAAUAGAACUAAAUUAAGAAAAGUUGGAAUAAAAUUAUGGCCUAACCCUAACCUGGUACACAUACUACAUUCCGGUGUUCGCUAUCUUGGUUCACAAACCUCAGCAGCGCCCAGUGUUCAUAUAGUAGACGUCAAUUUGAAUUAUCAUAUUUUACGGACCAUAAGAGCGAUACCCUGUAUUAUAAGGCGCACUGUCAAUAAAUUGCUUAGAUUGAGUUUUUAUUCCUACAUAAGAUACAUUGGUACUCCCGAACUAUAUGAACCAGGAUGGCGGACACCGGAACGUAGUAUGUGUACCAGGAUAGGCCCCAAUUUUCCUUAGUUUAGUUCUAUUACGAGUUUGGGGAAUAGCCAAGUGUCUCCCAUAGUAUUUAUUUGUACCUGAAAUUAUGGCCUAACCCUAUCCUGAUGUCUAACAUCUUGGUACACAUACUUCAGGUGUACCGAUACAUCGGCCUAUAAGGCACAAUGGUUUGUAAGACAAUAUCUGUACUAGUUCAUACUAUUCAAUCGUAAAUUGCCUCAUUUUCAUUCUGGCCUCAUGUAUUUAGGCGAGAGGUUAGUAUUCAUACAAAUAUUUGCAUGAACCCUUACUUAAAAUUCAGUCACAUCUCCAGAUUUACCUGUUGCCAUACUUUUUAACAACUAUAAGAAAUGCCUAAUUUUACAAGGUCUGGUUGAGUUUUUUACAGAUGUAUAUGAAUGAACUGCACAAACUUCAAAUGUUU